AAAAUUUACUCUCUGCUGAUUAGUCUCACAGAUUACAUAUUAUUAACUUGGCAGUCGUUCCAGUUAAUGAAUGAAAGGUAGAAGACGCGCAAACACUCAAAAGAGUAAGCCGAAACGUGGCGGAGCUGGAGGCCUGCCUGUUGUCCAAGAAAAGUCACAGAGGCUUCCUGCAAUUAACCCAAAUCAAACAAUCACCCAGCAUUUCACGUGCACUACAAAAGUCUCCCGCAAGCGGAAAUCUGAGUGUAUCGAGCUCAACACCUCAGUGCAGAGUGCAAAGCGACAUCACACAGACGUUGCACUCCGACAGAUGGCUCCUGAAUAUCUACCGUCAACAUCUGAUGAUGGUUCUCAUCCCACUGCAGAGGAUGAUCAGCUUUCCGUAUUCACUGCGGAGGAGGAGUCUGAUGGGCAUAUGACUUCAUAUUCGGGAAGCGAACGGGAGGAGCACAUGUACAAUGAAUACAAUGAAGAACUGGAGAACGAUGCUUUCCGAGAACUUGAAGCAGGUCUGAAUGAUCAAUCAUACCAAACCAAGGAGGUGCCACCGCAACUUACCGCGCUUCGGUGUACGGGAAUUGGUUCACCGAAAAAGGUUUGGGGUUUACUUUGCCGCAAAGAUGAACUGAUACGUGCAAGUCAUCACGUACUGGAUAACCAUCCAGACCUAGCACCUCGAACCCGUGCAGUUCUUGUGGACUGGAUGAUGGAGGUGUGCGGAAGUGAAAAACAGCACCGUGAGACAUUCCAUUUGGCAGUUGAUUAUGUUGACAGAUUUCUUGCGACUUUUCAUGGCAUCAGAUCACAAACUUUCCAAAUGGUUGGCACAUCAGCAUUAUUCCUUGCAAGCAAAUAUGAGGAGAUCUAUCCGCCUAAACUCGAAGAGUUUGUAGCUUACACCGAUGGCGCGUGUACUGAAAGUGACGUGCGAACUUUUGAAAUAAUAAUGCUCAAAGAGCUACACUGGUCACUGUCACCGUUGACGUCCAUACACUGGCUCAGCAUGUAUAUGCAGUUUUUGGGGAAUAAAGAGGCGGUGAAAAAUGAUGGAGAUAAGCACGUAGUUGAUCAGCCAUUCAUAGUCCCAGACACACUUAGAGAGGACUUCAUGAACAUGGCUAGGGUACUCGACUUGAUUCUCUUAGAUGUCGAGUCACUAAAGUAUUCUUAUCGUCAGCUUGCCGCUGCAGUUCUUUUCGCUUGCUAUGAACCUCACUCGCUUGUGCAAGAGGUGACAGGCUACGCCUACGCAGAUCUUCUGAAGGUUGUCGAGUGGGUGGAGCCGGUAGUAAAGGUGUGCGAUCGAUUGCGAUCACUUGGAGAUCCCAUUGCAAUCGUAGAAGGUGUUCGGGCCGACGACUUGCAUAACAUACAAACUCAUCCAGAGCAGGAUUUUGAUGAGAUCAUGGCUGAUAUUGAAAAGGAACGGGAAAUUGCAGAACGUUCUCGUCAGAAACUUCCGAUCACCAGACGAAGGGGUCCCUUGAGAACACGGUGUACUAAUCCGGAUCAAAUAACAAUUUUUACAUAGCCAUGAACAGACGUCACAUUUUUACACCAUCACCAAUUUUAGGUAGAACGCAUGUCGCACUCUAAAUACGAAAUCUUGUGUACCUUUCCGAAUGGGCUUUCUGUAACUACUUUUUACAUAUCCUUUUAUGUCUGCCUGUCAAGCUUUCGAUUAAGUCUUCUUCGUAAAAUCGGGUUCACUAGUUAACUUUUUUGUCUGGGUUCAUAUUUAUUGGAUUUAGAUCAUUUACAUACUUCUUGUAUCAUUCGAUUGGGUAUGCGUGCUCUGUACUAUUCACAGUUUUCUUUCAUUGGGGUGCGUGCUCUGUACAAUUUGUAAUUUUCAUCUAUCAGAAGGUUGUGCUCUAAUGAAUUGUAGUUCAAUUACGUUUACACCGCUGAAGCCAUAGUGUUCUCGCAUCACGACCUCGGGUAGGGAGUAAGAUUUCAACUGCUUCUUAAUCACGCUCGUUUCAUAGCUGA